AUGAUCACCGCUGCACUUCUCUGUUUCCUGUUUUUGGGGUCUUCCAGUGCCUUUGAGGGUCUGGAGCCAUGGUCUGUGGGGAACGAGACCGUGGGUCCAAGCAAGGAGUGCACCUGUGAGGCAUUCCUACCUGACAGCAUUUUCCCCAUGGGUGAGCUGGAGCUGCUGGAGAACACUAUUGUCCAGAUCAACCACAAGCUGGAGCUGGAGAUCAGCAAAAUAACCAUGUUUGAGAGCAAGCUUGUUAUUUACACUGAGAAGAUCAUGAACCUCACAGCAUUGAUCACUGUAAUAGAGAACGACCCAGACUCUUAUACUCAGGGCCAAAUAGAGGAUGUAAAGAUCCUGAUCAAGCAGUUAGAAGCUCUAAUUAUGGAACUCCAGGCAUCCAUUAUGAUUUCUACAGAAGUGCUCAUCAGCAUUCGCAAAGAGGUCACCACUAUAAUUGUUGUACUGACUCGAUUGGAGGCAACCUACGACAAAAACCUGGUACUUAUAACACGUAGAGAAUACAUCAAGCUCCAGCAGAAACUGGAAGAAUGCGAGAGACGCCACAAUGAGAUUUUCAAUCCUAACAUUGGUUCUUGUAACCAUGACGGCAUAUCAAGACUCAGUAAACCAAUGAUUAGCCAGCUGAACGGCCAUCUAAAUUCAGCUCACAGAUAUGGUGGAUGGGGCAAAGAUUCAAACCCAUUGCCUGGCUAUGAAAAUAUGUACUGGUACGCAGGUUUUCCUGACACACUGGUUAACCAAAUCAGUGUUUACGCAGACUACUAUAACCUGAUCAUGAGGCAGCCGAUGAGAACACACCAACUGUAUAUCAAUUCUGCUACAGACUGGCGGGGAAUUGGUAAUAAUUACAUUCUACGCAAUAACACCUUGUACUAUCAGUUCAGAAGCCCCUUUAGCAUGGGUAAAUACAACCUGACCAGUGAGACUGGGGUGUAUAGGGUGGUACCCAAGGCUAGUGACAAAUUCUCAUAUCAUUAUUCUGGUGGGCAGAACUUAGACUUUGCGGCUGAUGAGAAUGGACUGUGGGUAAUGUAUGCCACAGACGAAUCCAAAGGUAAAUUGGUGUUGGGUAAGAUUGACGAGGCGGCAUUCGCGAUGAAAGAAGUUUAUGAGACAAGUAUCUUUAAACCAUCUGUAGGUAAUGCAUUUAUGGUCUGUGGAGUACUUUAUGCUACCAGAUCUGUGGAUGUUAAGACUGAGGAGAUCUUUUACACUUACAACACUCACACAAGACGGGGGAGUUAUGUUAGCAUUAAGUUUGAGAAGUUUCAGGAGACGUACGUGUAUCUGGAUUACAAUCCUACUGAUCAGAAACUCUACAUGUACAACAAUGGAUAUUAUGUCAGCUAUCAUGUUUGGUUUCAAUCAAAGAACACUCAGCUCUUGAUUUAA